AUGAUUCGCGAUUUCCAGACAUGGAAUAACACAAUCGGCGAAGCGUCGCAGCUCGACGACCUGCGCGGACUUCGCGUCGGUAUUGAAGCAGCGCAUUACCUCGACCACCGCCUUCUCAAUCGCCCUCGCAUCUCGGAACCGCUUGUACCUGCAUUGGGUGGUCUGCCGCUAGGCUUUUGGCAACACAUCGAGGAGGACCUCAACAAGUUUGCGCAAUUUCAGAUCGAGCCAUUCUUCGUAUUCAGCGGGCUUGACAUUGCAAAGCAGGACGAUCCAUUCCGUUCGAGGCAGGAAGGUGCGGCAGUCAACGCGGCUGCGUGGCAUCUGUACGACAACCAUGAGGCGGAGAAGUCAGUGCAGAGGUUUGGAGAGUCACCAUAUGUCACCCCAGAAGACCUCUUCGGUGCGCUUCAGUCCCUCCUGACGGAGAAGAAGAUUGCUUUCCUCGUCGCACCGUACAGCGCAUGGGCUCAGCUAUCGUACCUUGAGAGGGAAGAAAAAGUCCAAGCUAUUUCCGGGUCAUCUGAAGUCCUCCUCUUCGAUUGCGACCGAGUCAUCACGUCCUGGGAUCUCGAAGAGGGCUUGUUCAAGUGGAUAAAGCGCGGAAAAUGCGUCGCUGAUCUGAGGAAAUAUGUCCAAAACGCCGAGAUCGCGGACGAGACCUUCGUAGAUGCCUGCCUACUCGCUGGCACUCACUUCCUACCCACACUACCCAACUUGGAUGGACCCAACAACAGGAACAAGGUAUCCAAAAUCAGUGGGGCUAUUGAGAUGAUCAUGAGCCACGGUAGGACGGGCCAUGCGGUGGUGUUGAACAACCGGGAUGAUCCAAUUUUCCAGCGGACAAAUUACGUGGACAGGUACCGCAGGGCUCGCCUGGCUGUGAAGCAUCAUCCCAUCCUCACGACUGACGGCAAGAUCCAACCUUUGUUAGAGGGUCAGCUUCCCAACGAUUCCCACGAAUUCAUAGGGCAGCGGUUACCUGAUGAGGUCUUCUACUACAUGUCGCGGGGCUUGGUCAACUCGCGCGUCCUCAGCUGGCGCGCGGCCAGUGAGAUUGUGGAGGCACCGCCGAUUGACGGUGGUGAUGGCGCUGCAUACCAGGACCUGGUUAGCACCAAGCUCACUCCACUACGAACGACCGCCAUCAAUUUGUUGUCCUCGUCACUUCAUAACUGGUAUCAGCACAAGGAUAUCGAUCUGAAGUGUUGGUUCAAGGUGGACCAAACCGGAAAGCACCAAUCAACUACCAUCAGCAUGAACGGUCUACCGGAAUGGCGCAAGAUCGUGGACACUUGGAAUGUAAAAGAAGCCACCUUCAAGGAUGUCGUGGCGCAAUACGAACCGGCUGGUCGUCUCGGCUCUGCAAUCCUAGCUCUCCAAGACUCCGACUUCGUUGCGAAGUCCGUUUCGAAGAAGGAUGUCAACAAUCCCCUGAGCACGACUGAUGAGAUUCUGUACAACUCCAUCUGGCGUUUCCUCGUACUACGAGAAUACAUCGACCACAACCACAACCUUACCGCGUGGGGUAAGGUGUUGAAGACUGCCAUCACUGCGCUGAAGGGCAAGCCAGAGUUGGAAGAGGCUGUAGUCGUUGCGAUCGAACUCAUUCGCCUUGGUGUUCUCAAUUGGGAUCUCGAUAUGUUUCCUUACAACGGCGCUCCUAUGCGUGGCGAAACACGGGACAGACAAUUCAACCUCCUGGUAUCACGAGUAGCAGGGCUCGGUAAUCUCCAGCACAAGGCUAUUGGGUUCACAGGACCUCUUAGCCAGCACCUGCUAGCGUAUGGCUCCAUUGUCAACCUAGUCCGACAGACUCUCCGUGAUCUAGUAGAGGUUGCUGCAACGCAAAUGUUCAUGGGUGCCUUCGCUAAGCGAGACCUAACGAAUUUGUCGGAGAUCGCCAUGAACCUGCCGUUCCUCCUGCCGAACAACUGCGCCCUCAGUAUCGCCGUGAAGUCGUAUCUCGACGAACUGAUCACCGACCCGGACCCCACAUCUGCCAACACCAAGGAACGCGUACGUGAGACUGCAGCUAACCGCUACUUUCCACAAGCUCUGGAUCUUAUCGGGGAUCUUCAAACGGCUGGUCAGCUAUGGGAUGCAGUCUAUGACGGAGUCAAAAACUCGGGCAGUGCGCUCAAGGAAUCGGAGAAGAGGCAGUGGGCUGAGGCGAACGACUGGCUGAUCGUGCGCCGAUAG